AUGGCUCAGCAAGACAGAAAGCUGUCGUCCUCGUCCUCGGUGGCCGCCGACAUGGAGAAGCCGCAGAUCGACGCCCUCGAAAAGGUCCAGCCCAGCACCGCCGCCAACGUCGACGGCUUCAUCGCCGACAUGGAGCGCGAGCUCGAGGCCGCCGGCGGGCUGCAGACGGGCUUCUUCCACAUCAACUUUGCCAACCCCAAGCACUUCACCUGGCUGCUGGUCGCCUUCGCCAGCAUGGGCGGCCUGCUGUCCGGCCUCGACCAGAGCCUCAUCUCCGGCGCGAACCUGUACCUGCCAAAGGACCUGGGCCUCACGGAGCGCCAGAACAGCCUGGUCAACGCCGGCAUGCCGCUCGGCGCGGUCGGCGGCGCGCUCAUCCUGUCGCCGACCAACGAGUACUUUGGUCGUAAAUGGGCCAUCAUCAUCUCUAUUCUUCUCUACACCGUCGGUGCCGCUCUCGAAGCUGGCUCGAUGGACUUUGGCAUGAUGGUUGCGGCCAGAGUCAUCCUCGGAAUGGGUGUCGGUCUGGAGGGCGGUACGGUGCCCGUCUACGUCGCCGAAACGGUCCAACGUCGCAUUCGAGGCAAUCUGGUCUCCCUGUACCAAUUCAACAUCGCCCUAGGGGAGGUCCUAGGCUACGCGGUGGCCGCCAUCUUCCUCAAGGUCCCUGGCAACUGGCGCUACAUUCUAGGCUCCUCUCUGUUAUUCUCGACCAUCAUGUUCUUUGGCAUGCUCUUCCUUCCGGAGAGUCCUCGCUAUCUCAUGCACAAGGGCAAGAAGCUCGAAGCCUUCAAGGUCUGGAAGAGGAUUCGAGGUCUCGCCGACGCGGAAUCAAAGGAAGAAUUUUACAUCAUGGCAUGCUCCGUCCAGGAAGAAGUGGUUGCCGUCCAAGAAGGCGCCAAGAACAAGAACUAUCCCUGGAUGGACUUUUUCACCGUGCCUCGCGCUCGUCGUGCGCUUGUCUAUGCCAAUACCAUGAUCGUCCUGGGUCAAAUCACGGGCGUCAACGCUGUCAUGUACUACAUGUCAGUGCUAAUGAAUCAGAUUGGUUUCGGUCCGGAGGAGGCAAACUACAUGUCCCUGGUCGGCGGCGGAUCCCUUCUGCUGGGCACGAUCCCCGCCAUCUUCCUGAUGGAGACUUGCGGUCGCCGUUUCUGGGCCAUCAUGAUGCUUCCUGGAUUCUUCAUCGGCCUCCUCCUCAUUGGCGUUGCCAACCGAUUUGACCCGAGCACAAACCUGAAAGCAGCCGAGGGCAUCUACCUCGCCGGUCUCAUCAUUUACAUGGGCUUCUUCGGCUCAUACGCCUGCUUGACCUGGGUCAUCCCGUCCGAAGUCUACCCCACCUACCUCCGAAGUUACGGCAUGACCACCUCCAGCGCCCUCCUCUUCCUCGUCUCCUUCAUUGUCACCUACAACUUCAGCGCCAUGAAGGACGCGUUCACGACGACGGGCCUCACGCUGGGCUUCUACGGCGGCAUCGCGGUCAUCGGCGAGGUCUACCAGAUCCUCUUCAUGCCCGAGACCAAGAACCUGACGCUGGAGGAGAUUGACGAGGUGCUCUCGCGGCCGACCAUGGACGUGGUGCGCGAGAACUGGCAGGGCGUCAAGGACACCAUGCACGACGCGUGCCGGGGCAGGUUCGGCAAGAUUUUGGCUGAGCAGACGCAGAAGCGCAAGUCAGAGGUCGACGGUGUUGGCAUAGACGAGAGUAGUUGCCAAGCAUAG